AUGGGAACAGGCGUAGAGCCACCGCUUCAUAACGACUGGCUACAUAGGUUGGCCACGGCCAUAACCCUGAUCACACCUUGCCUGACGGCCAUCGUUGUCAGUCUCCGCGUUGGCGCGAGGGCCAAGAGGAGGAUACUAGGAGUCGUCUCUCUUGCCAAGUCCUCCGUCCUCUUCUUCCUCCUCGCUCGCGGGUCCUCUCGCCUGCCUUUUCGCGUUACUUGCCAUAUCAUCAACGUGUUUAUCCUCCUAGCCAUGGCAACUAUACUCUUUACUACAAUAUUCCAGUGCCUCCCCGUGCGGCGGGCCUGGGAAGGUCCCGGAGUCGGUGCCCAAUGCAUCAAUCGGCCUUUGCUACGUCUGGCCCGCACAUGCUGGACCAUGGCCACGGACGUUGCGGUACUGGUUCUGGCUUUGUGGGCGUAUCUGGAGAGGCGAAUGACCAGGAGCACGCGAGCCGGCAUUGCUGGGGCAUUAGCAAUUGGCGCAGUGGCUUUGGGGGCAUCUAUUGCUCAACUUUACCUCCUCCUCCGGUAUACGGCCUCCGAAGACGCCGGAGCCCCCGGCCGGGUUGGGGCCUUUGUGUGGAUAAUCAUGCCGAUAGAAGCAAGCCUCGUCAUUAUAGCCGCAUCCGUGCCUACUCUCCAGGCUCUCUGUCCGAGCCGAUUCCCACCACCCCUCCCGAGAGUGGAGGAGCCGUCGACGUCUCAGUCAACCUCCGACCACGACCUAUCACGGGACAUCACCAUUCACCACAUACCCAAAGAUGUGUACCCCUCCGAUUCUAGUUUGAUGGCUAAAUCUAUGCGCGGGAUCCGGAGAUCGCUCAACCCAACGGCGACCCUUAUCCGCUUAGACACGAACAUGCCGUCCGUCCCCAUUCGUGAUACCCCGGAGGAACCCCGGGCCAACCUUAGGAUGAGUCUCAGCGUCUCCGAUAGCUCUUGUCCCGGGGGCCAUAGCCGCAGGCAAAAGCCUAGGCUAGAUGCCGCUAGAUCUCCCAACCAAAUCCUCUGCGCGAAGGGGUCAAUGAAGUCGAUGGUCAUUGCCAGCCGCGUCCUGCGACUAUUUGAAGAGUCAUGA